AUGGAGGUCCUCUCGCCUCGAUCUUCCAAUGUUCCCUCCAAGUCUCGCACUGGUACUAUGAAGAAGUCGUCCCGACCCAAAGAGGAGAAGCCCCCUGCCAAACCAACGAAUCCCGAUCGCAUUGACGACAAAUGGCGACCACCUACUACCAUCACCGAGCCUGGCAAAGAGCCGGAGACCUUCAUUGUGGGAAAGAAACUGGGCAAGGGUGGGUUCGCUGUCUGUUUCGAAGGAGAAUCGUUACGCAGCAAGAAGAUUUACGCACUGAAGGUUGUCAAAGCCAAGGUUGAGCAGAGGAAGAUGAUGGAGAAGUUCCGCACCGAGCUACAAAUACAUGCUAAGAUGAACCACCCGAACAUUGUUGGCUUCCUCCGGGCCUUCACAUCAGACAACCACACGUACGUCGUGCUGGAAUUAUGCUCCAAUGGCAACCUGACGGAGAUGGUGCGCGCUCGGUCGUGUUUGAGCUUGCCUGAGGUGAGGAGAUUCAUGAUUCAAAUCUGUGGUGGUGUAAGAUACAUGCACAAAAGAUCAGUCAUUCAUCGCGACCUCAAAAUGGGCAACAUUUUCCUGGACGAACGGAUGAAUAUCAAGAUUGGCGACUUUGGUCUGGCAGCGGUGAUGGCUGACGAUCAGGACCGGAGGACAACACUAUGUGGAACACCCAACUACAUUGCUCCUGAGAUAUUGAGCAAAUCUGGUACCCGAGGACACGACAACAAAGUCGACACCUGGGCCAUUGGCGUCAUUACCUACGCAAUGCUGGUCGGGACACCUCCAUUUCAGUCCAAGACCCAGCAGGAAAUCUACACCAAGCUCAGAUCUCUCGAGUACGAAUGGAAAAUCGACUGCAAAAAUUACAUUCCACAACAAGCCAAGGAUUUCGUUGCCUCGUGCCUCAACCUCAACUCUGCCGACAGACCUGAGAUGGACACACUGGUGGAGCACGAGUUCUUCACAAUGGGUACCAUAGCGGACACCCUCGAUUCCACUUGCCUGAGCACGAAGCCUGAGUGGCUCCUGAAUGCCGAUCCUAGGGGUGACAGGGUCAAGUCUGGAUAUGGUAUCACUCAUUCCAAUAUGUGUAGGAUCUCGGGCGUUGGGCGGAAAGCAGAUGGCACGCCUCGACCGGGAGUGGGUGAGAAACACUGGAUGUCAGCUCUGAUCGAGAUCGAAGCAGAGAACCAGUCGGGUUCUGCGCCAACAAUUCCUCUACCCGAAGGCAUCCUGUACAGCGCCAUCACUGAAGAGCAAGCCGAAGAAGCUCGACAACAGCAGCGAUCAGGCUUGCCGACGCGCAUAAAGGUACGUAAACCAGUAUCGGACGAGCUUGAACGAAUUCCCGAAGAACAGUCCGGAAUGAGCAAAGCAUCUGGUACGCUUCCCGGGCGUUCCUCCAGAACUGUACCAAGCUUUGCAGCUACACAGCGACAGCAAUCAGUUCCGCAUCGCAAUCGGGUCGCUCAAAUCAUCGAGCCUGUGGCCAAAACCAUCGAUCAAGACCCCGCUGUGACCGCAACAGAAGGUCUUCUCAGAGCUCGACCAGUGCGCGCUGCUAGUGCCAGAUCAACACGCAGCACAACACAAAGCAGCUUGACCCAGGAGUCCAAGCCUCUACCGAAAUCGAGCACUUUACCUAAUUCACUAGAUUCGGCAGCAGAAACCCAUCGCAUGGAACGACCCGCGUCCCGGGCAGCUACACUAGGAAGACAGGACCGCACGGGCUCUCACACAACACGCAGCCUGAAGCUCGCAGCAAUCGGCGACAAUGCGACCACCAGACCCAGUUCAGUAGCCUCGAAGCAUUCCAGUGAUGUUUCUACAAGGUCAUUGAAACCGGUCUCAAGUGAUAACAUAGUGCCCAGGUCUGACUCCGCAUCACGGCUUACCGAUAAGCCAAGCACGACGCCACCUUCAGCAACGAGCAAGAAAGCCGCUUUGAUAUCGCCAUCAGAUCCAUAUACCUAUGUCACUGACACGGCGAACAACGUGGUAAUAGCAGUGUUGCAAGAUCUUCACGACAUUCUCAAUCCGCGCUCCAGUAAGGACAUGACUGGCAGAUCUAGCAGUCGUCGCAUGAAGGCUCGCAUUCCCUAUCCAAGGGUUGACAAAUGGGUGGAUUAUUCUGGCAGACAUGGCAUGGCAUAUCUGCUCACGGAUGGUACCAUGGGCAUGAUUAAGAAGCAGGUGGAUGCAUCUGAGGCAGGCGGAUGCGUUGUGGUGCGCAACGCCAAGGUCCACGCGGUCAAUAGAGCCCGAGGAACGACGUCGCAGGUAGUUCCACAAGGCAAGCGAGCCCGUGCGGUUGAGUUUUAUGCUCAGAGCUUCAACGACAUGGUGCGACUGGAUGUGCCACCCCGGAAAUUUCUCCUCGAUGCGCAGAAGCAUUCAUCUCAAGCCGAAGCGAUCGUUGAGGCCCAGGCAGGCUUGAUGGGAAGCGAACUGGAGCGUUUCAAAGAGGUUGGGCUUCUCGAUAAGCUAGGGAAAUACAUGAACAAGAAAGACAUGGAUGAGGCCAUGGAGUCGGAGGAGGAGGACGAAUUUUCCAACAAGAGCAGCCAGCACUUCAUCCACUUCUACCAGCGACUCGGCAAUGUGACGGUGUGGCGGUUUGCUGACGGUGGCAUGCAGUUCAACUUCCCGGACCAUACCAAGCUCGUCAUCUACAAAGACACGAGCACACGAACUCCUGACUACUGUGUCGACAUGAUCUAUCUCGAGCCAGGCGAUGCCACAGAUGUAGCGAAGUACGGUCGUCUGACCCGAGAUGCGCUUGAACGACGAGACCAGAUGACGCUAAGUCUGUCUGAUAUCAUGUCGGAUGCUCUGCGUAAUAACGAGUCGGAUGUUGUCAGCACCAACGAGAUUCGCGAGAAGCUCCAGUGGAUUCGAGCCGUUCUGUCAAUCUGGAUUCGUGAAGGUGGUGUCGGCUUCAUGGGCGAAGAAAAGCUCGGAUGGAGUGGCCUGCAAGAGAAGCGUGAUGAAAAGAAAGGCUACAUGCAAUGGGUAACGGUGGGAAAGCUUGGUGGUGAUGUUUGA